AUGAGCGUCCUUCGCAAAGCAUGCCGACAAUGCACAGUAUCAAAACGAAAAUGCAUCGUCCAACUACCCAAAUGCGAGCGUUGCAGCCAAAAGGGCCUGGCAUGCACUUACGACCUAGAACCUAUAAACGCCCCAACUGGAAAGCCCGAACUAAAGCCUCAACUCUCAUUCAACCCGUCAAACUGCGAUACUCCAGGCUACUGCGUUUUUAAGACUCUGAAAAUAAGGCCUCAGGAUGUUGACCCCGCCAUUUGUAGACCGGGCCAUAAUGAUGCCUUUGAGAUUAUUCGGUUGGGGUUUAAAACUGUCCCGGAGACUCUGAAAGCGGAGAAACCGGCGACCUUUGCUCAUCCGAAGUUGAAAAUGCGUCAUCAUAGCUAUGAUCAUAUUGCUGUGUUCAGAGAGAUAGGGAAAGAUGCUGUUAAUGAGAGGAAUUUUAAUGAACUGCUUCACCUUGAUAUAAAGACCGUUCCCAUGGAAGAAGCCCUCACUGCGGUUCAAGCACUCCUGAUUUAUCUCGCGACCUUCAUUUUCUCUCCAAAUGGACCAGAACAAUUCGAUUUAGUGCAACUCAUGAAUACUUUAUCCGCAUGGACACAAGCCCUCUUCCCAUCCGCGCAGAACGAGAUGCCGCGCGACCAAUCGCCCUGGCAGGAAUGGCUAUUUGCAGAAAGUGUUCGACGAACUAUCCUCAUGUCAUACGCCAUGACUGUGGCCGUAUCCAGUUAUCAGUAUGGAUAUUGCUCAAACUGGUUGUUCUUGGAGUCAUUGCCGUUCGAUAGUCGCGCGGGUCUGUGGAUGGCAGAGUCGCCGCAGGCUUGGAUUGCGGCUGCUCGAGUGCGAACAGGAGAAGAAGUGGGUGAAAAACUUCAAUCAUAUCAUGAGUAUUCAGAAAGUCUGAUAGGGAAGAAUGAUGAUUUCCAUGGGGACAUCUUUUUGAAGUUGAUUGUGAAUGGUCAUAAUGGGGUGAACUAG